UUUGACCCUUACUGUGGUCACCGCCCCGUUACACUCACAUGAUAAAGAGCCCUGAUGCACUGACUAACACAUGAGUGUGAACGGCAUAUUCAGGAAGCAGCAGUCACAGUCAUGGACACUGAAGGAUCAAAGAGUUUAAAAGUUGACCCAGAGAAGCUGUUCACCAAGCUAGAGAGGAUUGGGAAGGGAUCGUUUGGAGAAGUCUUUAAAGGCAUUGACAAUCACACGCAACAGAAGGUCGCUAUAAAGAUUAUUGACCUGGAGGAGGCUGAAGAUGAAGUGGAAGACAUCCAACAGGAGAUCACAGUCCUCAGCCAGUGUGACAGCCCCUUCAUCACUAAAUACUAUGGCUCUUAUCUGAAGGACACAAAACUGUGGAUCAUCAUGGAAUAUUUAGCAGGGGGUUCUGCUCUGGAUUUGCUUGGACCUGGAGCUCUUGAUGAGUCCCAUAUCGCCACCGUCCUCAGAGAGAUCCUGAAGGGUCUGGAUUACCUGCACUCCAAAAAGAAAAUUCACAGAGAUAUUAAAGCCGCUAACGUCCUGUUGUCAGAACAGGGUGAUGUUAAGCUAGCUGAUUUUGGUGUGGCCGGGCAGCUCACAGACACACAGAUGAAGAGGAACACGUUUGUGGGCACUCCAUUCUGGAUGGCACCAGAGGUCAUUAAACAGUCAGAAUAUGACUCAAAGGCAGAUAUCUGGUCAUUGGGCAUAACUGCAAUCGAGCUAGCAAAAGGAGAGCCGCCCCACUCUGAUCUUCACCCCAUGAAGGUGUUAUUUCUCAUCCCUAAGGAAAACUCACCCACACUGGAGGGAAACCACAACAAAGCUCUCAAAGAAUUUGUAGAUGCCUGUCUCAAUAAAGACCCCAACUUUAGGCCAACAGCUAAAGAGCUUUUGAAACAUAAAUUUAUCAUUCGAUAUGCCAAGAAGCCAUCAUUCCUGAUGGAUCUUAUCGACAAGUACAAGAGAUGGAAAGAAAAACAGACCCGCGAUGAGUCCAGCUCUGAUUCUGAAUCAGAUGACGGUGAAGCAUCUGGAGAGUCUGUGGCUGAUGACUGGAUCUUUGGCACUGUCAUAGGACACAAGCCCACAGUGAAACAGAAUGGAGUCGUCAAAAAAGAACUACACAAGGUUCCAGACAGUACAAAGAAGCCUCCGCCCAAGAGCAAAGAGACCAAGUCCUCUAUUAUUUUACCAUUGUUUGCAGAGCUGAAGCAGAAGCAAGGUGUUUAUAAGCCGGCGGUGUUAGAGGAGCUGAAGCAGGCCAUGCUCCUGGCUGAAGAGACAUGUCCCGGGAUCACUGAUUCAGUGGUGACGGGGGUGGUUCAGAGAUUAAAGAGAUUUUCGUCUCAACACUGACCGACUCUCAUUGCCUCUGCAUGUAGACUUUUUGUUCUGUGGGUGUUUGUAUUGCUGUCUGUACAUAAGUGUAGAAUGUGGACUGGAUUUGUUUAAGGACCCCAUGGAAUCAUUUGAUAAUUUAAGUUUUCCUCAAUAAUUCCUGAAAGAGAAAGACUGUAAAUUUCGUUUUAUUUUUUUGGUCAGCUUAGCCUAUAAAUGCCUCAAAGCUCAGAGAUAUGAACUAAAAUCUACAAAUUUUGAUCUCAAGUGGUCUGUGUAUAUCAAGUUUUUAUUUUUAGUUUUUUAACAGAACUGUAAUUUGUGCAAUAAUUCAGUCUCUAGUAAUUGUCCUUUUUCUAGCAUUGCUCUUAGAGUUUGAAAAAAAGACUCUGAUAUUUAAAUCACUUUGCACUUUUUUGCCGUUUAACAUAUUUGUAAUUCUUUAGAUGGUGAUUUCUUAUGUUCCCUACCUGUACAAGUUUUAUUUCUACUCUUUCUGUUCUAUGCUGUGGCUAGUCUUGGUUUAGAGGGCUUUUUAAAAAAAUAUAUAUAUAUCAGUUUUCUUGCUUAUUUUAUCGUUAUUUUAGUACCAUGUUAACAUGCUCAUGUAGAUUUGUUAGAUUUAGGAAGAGAGCCAUGGUUUUCAUUUUUAUGGUCAGUUAGGAACAUUUAACUUACUCAUGUUAAUUACAGUACAGCAAACAAAUUUAAUUUUAAAGCUGAAGUGUGUAAUUUUUAAAGCACUAGCAAUUAGAAUUGUAAAAUAAAAACAAAAAUAUAGGUUUGGCAACUUCUCCCCCAGGCUGCCAUUGGUUGCCGAUAGCCUACAAUUGACUUAUGGUUGAUUCUAUAUAAGCCAGAACAGAAGAUAGUUUCAACAAAAAAAAAAAAAAUAAAAA